GAUGCAUUUCAUUUCUCCAUAAAAAGAAGAGGAACUUUCCUUCCCAGUGCUUCAGAACUAUGCACCUAUCCUUACUAGUCCAGGAAGCUCAGAAAUUGCCACCUUUUGUGCAGUCUAAGGGAGGAGUAGCCCAAGGAUUGAUACCAGCACAGCUUUGGGAGAGGUCCCACAAAAAGAAAAGGGAAAAUGGAUGUGCUGAAUGUUUUUAAAAACUGACACACUUGGAAUUACUCAAUGUAAUCUCAGCAAAGAGAUCUGCUGAUAGGAGGGUGCCUGAAUUGGUUGUGCAGGACAGAUAAAAGUCUAUUGUGUCCCUGUAAUAAUCAUAUGGUUUUGUGGAUUCUUUUUCAGAUACAAAAAAUCAUCAUAAGUCAAAAAAUGAACUACUGAUACAGGGGCAACAUAACAAUUUCUCAUCUAAACUCGUACAUUUUUAGUUUCACUGGGUGAUUCUUUAUUUAAAGGGAUGCUGACUGUAAUUCCAUCAUUAAUUCAUUAGUUCCUCAUUAUGUACAUCUCUGACAAUAACCUUUAAUUGUACAAAGAAAGAUAUUUCACCUACUGAGGUAAAUUAAAGAAGUUUCUCUUAAAUGAAGGUUUUCUUCUUUGAGGGGCUUACCUGGGCUAGACUUGCACAGAAGAGUAACCCACGCCUGUGCAGAUAAUAUGACAAUAUUUUAAUGCAUGUAUAAUGUGAGUAAAUACAUAAAUAUUUAUGUGUGCAGUUACAAGCAAUGAGGGUCUAUAGGCACUUACUUCUAUGUAGCAGGCAGAGCAUUUUCAACCCUCUGCGGUGCUUCCUUGUUUACUUAUUUAUAUUCAGAGAAAGGAAGUGGUAAGGCUGACUAGCUGAAACUUUUCUGAGAAGAGACCAUUUUGUACCAGAGGAAGCAGUGUCUCUCUGGAACUCACAGCACCAUUUAAACCAGAGCGGUUCCUUGAGAGAAGCAGCUGGAGGUUGGGCAAGGAAUUCCUUGGAAGUGGCCACACAAAGCGAGUCCAUGGCUGUGUCAUCGGCAGCGUGGCUAUGAACCCUCCCUGACUGCCCUGGGGACAAAGCAGCCAUGGACCUGCGGAACGUCCCCUACCGCUCCGAGGUGCUCGCCUGGGACCCAGACGAUUUGGCAGAAUAUUUCAGGACGCUAAAGUAUAAGGACUGUGAGAAAGUCGUGAGGAAGCACAGCAUAAAUGGACAAAGGUUUUUGAACAUGUCUGAAAAUGAUAUUCAGAAAUUUCCAAAGCUCAGAGUGCCAAUUUUAAGUAAAUUAAGCCAAGAAAUAAACAAAAAUGAAGGGAGGCUCUCUUUCCUUCCAAAAUGGGCCCAAACACAAAAACCUCCAGAAAACACAGGGUACGCUCAGGAUGAUGGUGGCUGGUCUUCAUUUGAUGAUGAUGAUGACUACGAAAGCCCUGAUGAAGACCAGGAAAAGGACGAUGAGGCUGACUAUGAAUCACCCACAGAGGAGCCUGAGGAAGCAGAACAUGACAGUGAUGGCUAUGAGCCACCUCCAUCCAAUAAUGAUGAAGCACAUCACAAUGUCAUAUUUCCUGCCAAGUCACUUCCAAGCAGCACAGAUUAUAUAGACAGACCUUCAACAACCAGAUCACCACAUCAGCCUCCACAUCAGCCUCCACAUCAGCCUCCACAUCAGCCUCCAGUACCGCCCCAGCGACCUGGCCCAGCCCCAGGACCAGCCCCAUUUGGGGGAAGAAGUGCUACUCUGCCAGCUUUCCCUCCUCCACCAAGCAACAGUGACUUGAACAGAGACAGAAACAUGAAGCCUUUAAAACCCCCAGCUCCUUCUAUAGACAGAAGCACAAAACCCUCUCUGGAUCGCCUUGUUCCCCCGUAUGAAAGAGAAAGCCCAGCAUCAGGGAAGAAGCCAGGCAUUCCUGAAAAGCCUCUGGUUUCACAGCUAAGAGCCCUGGGAGAGCAGUUAGCAAUGAUGCCAAAACCUCCCGUCCCACCAAGUGACAGAUAUGAAAGAGGCAAUCCUCCUCCUCUGAGGAAGCAAAGCCCUGGAAAGCAGAGUUGGCCACCACACAAGAAAAAUGAAGAAGAAGAAGACACUGCCCUCCAAAGACCAGUGCCACAGCUGUCUUUGCCCCCAUACAGCUCCAAUGCAUUCCCACCCAAAUCUGUCAAGCCUCCACCUAAGCCAGGAUCCAACAGCAUUCCUGCUGCAGAAAGUGCUAGAAACCUGUCUUCAACUGUCUCUCUACCACCACGCUUCCAUCCAGGCAGCAACAGCAGAUCUCCUUCAAGAGGCCCAGCUGACAUGAGACCCCCACUGCCAGUUCCUAGCAGACAGACUGUUCACCAGACAAACACGGAGGAAGAUGAGCCCCAGGGCUCUCUGAAGGAGGAGUGGUACGUGGCUCUGGUCAGCCGGCCCGAGGCAGAGGCAGCGCUGCGCAGGAUAAACAAGGAUGGAACAUUCCUGGUGAGAGACAGCUCUCGAAAAACUGUUACUCACCCAUAUGUACUGAUGGUGCUGUACAGAGAUAAAGUGUACAACAUCCAGAUCCGCUACCAGGAGCAGGACCACUUGUAUUUGUUAGGAACCAGCUUAAAAGGAAAAGAGGAAUUUUCUUCUGUAGCAGAUAUCAUUGACCAUUUCCAAAGAACACCCCUUCUUCUGAUUGAUGGAAAAGACAGAGGUUCAAGAAACCAGUGCAUGUUAAAAUAUGCUGCAGGACAUAUUUAAAUGAAACUUUAGAGAAGAUCACAUAUGGUACUGAAGCCUCCUGAAGUUUCUAAAAGUCAAGAUAUUUCCCUUUUCAGCAAACUAAAAUGAUGAAAUCAUUAAAAUUCAGUUUCAAAGAAAAAGGACUAUGUUAUUUUUAAAUUACGCCUUAAAUACAGUACUCUAUAAAUAUAAUUUUCCUACUAAGUGUUUAUUACUGUCCAUUAAUCAUACAGCACAUGAUAUUUUUUAUCUUCCAAGAUAUGUAUAUCCUCUUGAAAUUAUUUUCACACCAAAUUUGAUGAACCAUAAAAAAGUAUCAGUACAAGUCUCUGCUUUCAUAGCAGCUUUUCUUUUGGAUCAGAAUUGCAGCAGCAAUUUUGUUAUUUGAAGUGAUACAGAGUAGACCCAAACAUUGUCAAAGCUGAGGAGCAGACAAAAUAAAAGCCAUUAUUUUCUUCAAUAAAUCGAACUCUGCUCACUUCUAUGAAAAGAUCAACUCAGAUCUCAAAGACACACAGGUGUCAGUGGCACCAGAAGUCCUCCAACCCUGGAAAUGCAGGUGCCUGUCAGGAUCUGUUAUUCAGAUUUAUUCAGGGUUAUUCAGCUGUGAAACUGUUUGUUCCCACUUCUCCAGGAAACCACCACACCCACACACAGCACAUCCUCUGUGCCACAGCCCUGGGGAUUCCACACCUCAGCCCACAACUGGAAUUUUGUAUUUCCUCGAAUUCUCUAACCUCACCCAGAAAAAAGAUUUUCUCCACACAGAUCUCUCUUCCACUGUGUCUUUCUGACUGAAUCAAGACUGCAUUUUUACAGGGAGCACAUCAACAGAAUUAUCAUCGUGUGUUCCUUAAGUGGCAGAAACCCCCCAAGUCUCUUAGAAAGCACACACAGUCACGCCAAACUUGGUUCCUCUUGCACAGCUACUUUCUGUUUUACUGUAUUUUGUAAAGAAAAAAAGAGACACUCACAGUUUAAAAAUACAAGCUGCAAAAAUACAAAAUACACUGAAGCCUCCUGAAUCAAGAGUUUCCCCUCACCUUUGUUAAGUGGAAUUUUAUCCAACCCUUUGCCUUGAGUUUCAAUUUCCUUUGUGUUCUGACAAGACCUUGGUUUGAAUAUUAUGCCUUUGUCACACUUUUCCCCCUUUAAAGCCAUUGUGUCUAUAUCAGUUAAAACACUGGAACCAAAAUUCAAGGUA